GCUAGUCAAUGUCAGUUCUCACACUGCCGUCCAAUCACAGUGUAGGAGGGGCAGGAUAAACAUCACAACAACCAACCGAUGCAUUGUUCAACGACUGAUAAACAAAGCAGAAGUUUCACAGCAACCAAAGCACUCAGCUGAAAAAAGCUGGCAGUCUGCGUCCGCCCCUAAGUACGCUAUUGUUUUAACGGUUUAACUGUUUGCUUUGUUAUAAAGUCUUUCAGUAUUGCGGUUAUUAUUUGGAUCUGUUCUGCAAGUUGUUAAAGAAAAUGAGUGAUGUGACUUUCUUCUGUUGGCUCUUGUGGUGUCUGACUGAUGUGUUUGGUAGUGAGUUUGUGUCAGUGAUGGAGGGAGAUUCUGUGACUUUAUCUGUCAGUCUCACUGAAACACAGAUAAAAGAGGGAAUCUCUUGGAAGUUUGGACCCAAAGAGUUUCGUAUAGCUGGAGUCAUGAGAGAGGACAAUAAUGUCAAGUUAUUUGAUGAUAAACCUGAUGGGAGAUUCAAAAACAAACUGAAGUUAAACAAACACACUGGAUCUCUGACCAUCACAGACACCAGCAUCACACACACUGGACUUUAUCAACUAAUCAACACCAACACAAAUGCCCAACUCAAAACAUUCAACAUUACUGUCUAUGCUCGUCUGCCCGGUGCUGUUAUCAGCAGAGACUCUUCACAAAGUUCAUCAUCAAUAAAAUCAACAACAAAUCACCAGAAAGAUGAAGAAAGAAGAACUUUGAAUAACUUUUAUGUGUUUGGCAGUGAAUCUGUGUCGGUGAUGGAGGGACAUCCUGUGACUUUAUCUGUCAGUCUCAAUGAAACACAGAUAAAAGAGGGAAUCUCCUGGAAGUUUGGACCCAACGAGUUUCGUAUAGCAGGAAUCAUGAGAGAGGACAAUAAUGUUAGAUUAUUUGAUGAUAAACCUGAUGGGAGAUUCAGAAACAGACUGAAGUUAAACAAACUUGAUGGAUCUCUGACCAUCACAAACACCAACAUCACACACACUGGACUUUAUCAACUAAUCAACACCAACACAAACACCAAACUCAAAACAUUCAACAUUACUGUCUAUGCUCGUCUACCCAUUCCUGUUAUCAGCAAAGACUCUUCACAAAGUUCAAGAACAAAUCACCAGAAAGAUGAAGAAAGCUCAAACUGUUCAUUAUUGUGUUCAGUGUUGAAUGUGAGAGAUGUGAGUCUGUCCUGGUACAAAGGAAACAGUUUAUUGUCCAGCAUCAGUGUGUCUGAUCUCAACAUCAGCAUCUCUCUACCUCUGGAGGUUGAAUAUCAGGAUACAAACACAUACAGAUGUGUACUCAACAAUCCCAUCACAAACCAAACUCAACAUCUCAACAUCAAUGAAGUCUGUCACUCGUGUUCAGCCUUCUGUUGUUGUGGUUUUACUGAAGCUGUGAUCCGAUUAGUCGUCUCUGCUCUGGUGGGUGUGGCUACUGUUGCUGUUCUAGUUUAUGACAUCAGAACUGAAUGAGAUCAGGGAUUCUGUUAAAUGAGGGAUGAAUCUGUUAUACUUUUAUCAAAAUGUAUAUGUAUCUUUAAUUUACACUAUUUCUGUAUUUAUAUUUGUGACCAUAUGUUAAUAAAAGUAUAAUAGGCAGUCAAUGUAAAGUAUUGCUCAUGGUUCAGCAUCACAUUGAGAUUUUCAUUUCUCAGCUGCUCUCAGUUGUAUAAUAAGUGUGCAUAUAGUGUUGAAUAAAUAGAUAACAUACUACUGCUGCUGUUGUGAAGUUUGUAUGGGAAGUAAAGGAUUCUCCUCCGACCCCAUCUCUA